GGCAGAAACAAGUUUCCCACGGAGCCACUUCACAUCCGUGCUACAUAGCAGCUAGCCUCCAGUAGUCUCCGUAGUGUUUGAUGAGGUGUGGAGGAGGAAAUAGGAGAUGUGGUCCUUUUUCGCCAGGGAUCCUGUCAAAGACUUCGCUUAUGAACUUCUUCCAGACACCCAGGAGAAGUCUGGAAUAUGGACUUUGCAUCGCGGGAAGCGGAAGACCAGUGGAGAGCCUGUGUCUGUGUUUGUGUACGACGUAGCUCAGGGAACAGAGCAGCAGACACAGCUGGCCAAGGCUGCCUACAAGCGUAUGAAGACCCUGCGACACCCCAACAUCCUGGCCUAUGUGGAUGGAUUAGAGACAGAGAAGAGCCUUUACCUGGUUACUGAGCAGGUGACGCCUCUGGCAGUCCACCUGAAAGCCCAGGCAGAGAAGGGCGGUGACGGGGAACUGGAGAUCUCCUGGGGACUGCACCAGAUAGUGAAAGCUCUUAGUUUCCUGGUCAACGACUGCCACCUGCUUCAUAACAACUUAGGUGUAGGGUCUGUUUUCGUGGAUCGUGCUGGAGAGUGGAAACUAGGGGCCCUCGACCAUGUGGCACCUGAGCAGGGCGACCCAAACGGGGUCUCGCUUCCUGCACCAAAGGCUGUUUACCCAGACAUGGAGAAAUAUGACCCACCAGAGAUGUCCAACAGCACUGGAGAGAAAUGGGCAGGGGAGGUAUGGCGUUUAGGCUGCCUGAUCUGGGAAGUAUUCAAUGGGCCACUACCUCGCACUUCCUCCCUUCGUUCACUGGGAAAGAUCCCAAAGACCUUGGUCCCUCAUUACUGUGAGCUGGUGGGGGCCAACCCCCGGGCUCGGCCCAAUCCAUCCCGGUUUCUUCAGAACUGUAGAGCCACUGGGGGAUUCCUCAGCAACAGCUUCGUCGAAAGCAAUCUUUUCCUGGAGGAGAUACAGAUCAAGGAGCCGGCUGAGAAGCAGCAGUUCUUCCAGGAUCUCAGUGACAAUCUGGACUCCUUCCCCGAAGACUUCUGUAAACAUAAGGUUCUUCCUCAGCUGCUCACCGCCUUCGAGUUUGGCAGUGCGGGCGCUGUCGUCCUCACGCCUCUCUUCAAGGUAGGGAAGUUCCUCUCGGCAGAAGAAUACCAACAGAAGAUUAUCCCUGUCAUCGUGAAGAUGUUUUCCUCCACAGACAGAGCCAUGAGAAUACGACUGCUGCAGCAGAUGGAGCAGUUCAUUCAGUAUCUGAACGAGGCAGCAGUCAACUCCCAGAUUUUUCCUCACAUUGUUCACGGCUUCACAGACACAAACCCUGCCAUCAGAGAACAGACUGUUAAGUCGAUGCUGUUGCUGGCUCCCAAACUGAAUGAAACCAACCUGAACCAAGAGCUCAUGCGUCACUUUGCCCGGCUUCAGGCCCGAGAUGAACAAGGCCCAAUCCGGUGUAACACCACUGUCUGCCUGGGCAAGAUUGCCUCCUACCUCAACGCCGGGACUCGACAGCGUGUUCUGAUUUCUGCCUUUUCACGAGCCACGAAAGACCCCUUCCCAGCUUCCCGUUCUGCUGGUGUGCUGGGUUUCGCUGCAACACACAACUUCUACAGUGUAACGGAGAUCGCUGCCCGCAUCCUCCCCACCCUCUGUGCCAUUACUGUUGACCCUGAUAAGAGCGUCAGGGACCAGGCCUUCAAAGCCAUCAAGAGUUUCCUUUCCAAGCUGGAGACUGUGUCAGAAGACCCUACCAAGCUGGCUGAUAUAGAAAAGGAUGUAGCGUCAUGUGCUCAGCCUGCAGGUGCUUCCUCGAGUUGGGCCGGCUGGGCCGUAACUGGCAUGUCCUCGCUGACUUCUAAGCUGAUCCGCAACGCUCCAGGGACAGAAGGGGAUGCAACAGCUGAGGGCAGCGGGGCCACUGACACCACCAGCCCAACUACUACCACAGAUGCUGCUCCUGCACCUGGUGAGGAUGAUAAAACUCCACAAGCCUCUCUGAGUCACCAUGUUGCCUCUAGUCAUGCCAAUCGAUCACAGACUCUUGAAAUAACAGACAAAGAUGAUGAGCCAACAGGAGACCGCUGGGAUGACGAGGAGGAUUGGGGAAGUUUGGAGGAGCCAGAGAAAGCUCGCACAGAGCCCGAUGAAUGGAACACUGACUGGUCAUCAUCUAAAAAGAAGGCUGGUGACCGACAAGUGGGCCGGUCGACCGCCUCCGUGACGGUGAAGAAGCAGAGCUCUGAUUGGAGCAGCUCAGGGUGGGAUGCUGACGACAGCUGGUCCAAUGAGAAGGAAGGCCCGGGACAGAGCUCUGCUGGCGAGGAGGGCUGGGGCAACGACUGGGGGGAGGAGGAGACAGAUACAACUUUGGCAAAUGAGACGCUCUCCCUGCCAGAAGGGGUGCGGUUAGCAAGCGAUUACAACUGGGACAGCAGCAGCGCAUCAAAGGGGGCCAGUCACAACGACUUGUUCGCCAGCGUGUCCCAGAGAAACGCAGCCAGCGCUGCUGUUGCCACGGCUGGAGAUGGAUGGGCUGCAGAGGCAACAGGAGACUGGGGAUCUGAAGAGACUUGGGAGUCAGUGGAUGGAACCCAGGGUCUCAGCAAGGCCGAGCUGUCCAAGAAGAAACGAGAGGAGAGGAGGAAAGAGCUGGAGGCGAAACGGGCAGAGCGCAAAGCUGCUAAAGGUCCUCUCAAAUUGGGCGCACGCAAGCUGGAUUGACGAGGAUGCAGAGCGAGAGAGAGAUGAGGGUGUGGACGGAGAGGGGGGAGCAUGGAUUGUUAAAUAAAUCACUGAUCCCAGAGCAGUGAUGGAGGCUUGACAUUCCGCAAGUCAAGGACCAGAAAGAAGAGUCAGCUGUGAAUACUGUGGAAAGCUGCUGUAAUGGAGGUUUGUAGGUUGAGAAUGGGGAAAAUGAAACCCCUGCUGAGGUCGAGGGUUCUCAACGUUGAACAAAUGACAUAUGACGGGUGAAGAUCCAUUGCUUUAUGAAUGCAGGUUUGGUGAUGGAGGAAAACAAAACCCAGAGAGACGUGAAACAGCACAAAGCAGUAUUCCUUACAGCAGAAGUGAUCCUACAAAAAUGUCCACUCUUUCUUUUUUUUUUAAUUCUUAACUCCUGCAGUUGUAAAUUAAAUGUAUAUAAAUGGUGCAUCUUGUCUUAAAAUGACACAAAGAAAUCACACUUUUUUUUAAAACAGAGAAAUAUAUAGUAUAUAUAACAAAAUUUCAGAAGCAAACAUGGUAUUGAAUUGUGCACACAAACACAACACACACACAGUGGAUAUGAAUGUUUUAGUUCAGCUUUCACUUAAUUACAGAUUGGAGAUUUAAAAUCAAUCCAUGCAUGCACUUGUUCAUUUGGGUUGCCUAACAAAAUGAAUUUAUUGAUGUGCUGACUUUACUUUGCACACACAGCAUUUUAUUUUUCUGAACUGACAACUGGGUCGUUUGACUGAUUUAAGAUCAGAGAAAUCAGAGACAAUGAACUUCAGCCUGCAGGCCGUGGGCAGUCAUUGUUGAGUAGAAGCUAGACACCUGGUUUUAAGGGAGAUACAUUUCUGUGUCCACACUUUAUUCCCCAGUCUCUCAUUAGGUUAAGUGCAGUGGUGGAGGGCUAUAAAAUCAAAUGAGUUUUAUUUUGGAAUCUUUUGAAGGUCUUUUAGCUCUAUAAUCCCACAGAUCUCACUAAAAUCCUUUGGGAUUAUGUGAGGAUAUUAAAAUUUGCCCAGCAGUAA